GCCGCUUUGAAGCGGGCUCGGCGGCGCCCUCCCGCUCAGAGCCGCCGGCGCCCGCCAUGGUGCAGCCCGAGGAGCAGGCCCGGCUCUACCCGCCGCGGCCCGAGCUGCUGCCGGCGGCGCACGUCCCCUCGCUGCCCCACUACGAGCGCCUCUACCAGCGCUCCGUGGAGGAGCCGCAGGAGUUCUGGGGUGACAUUGCCAAGGAGUUCUACUGGAAGCGCCAGCACUCGGGGCCGUUUCUGAAGUACAACUUCGAUGUGACGAAGGGGAAGAUCUUCAUUGAGUGGAUGAAAGGGGCGACGACCAACAUCUGCUACAACCUCCUGGAUAGGAAUGUCGGCGAGAAGAAGCUUGGGGACAAAGUUGCUUUUUACUGGGAAGGGAACGACCCUGGGGAUUCUAUGAAAAUCACCUACAGCGAGCUGCUGCACAGAGUCUGUCAGUUUGCCAAUGUCCUCCGCAACCAAGGUGUGAAGAAAGGAGACAGAAUUUCCAUCUACCUGCCGAUGAUCCUGGAGCUGGUGAUAGCCAUGCUCGCCUGUGCCAGGAUCGGGGCUCUUCACUCCGUUGUGUUUGCAGGUUUCUCAGCGAACUCUCUUUGUGAGCGGAUUCUUGACUGCGGUUGUUCUCUCCUCAUUACGGCAGAUGCCUUUUAUCGAGGAGACAAGCUGGUCAACUUGAAGCAGAUUGCAGACGAAGCCCUCCAGAAAUGUAAAGACAAGGGCUCCCCUUUGAAAAAGUGCAUUGUGGUGAAGCACAUGGGGAGGGAAGAGGUAGCAGCGGACGGGACGUGCAGCAAGUCUCCCCCUCUCAAAAGGCUGUGCCAGGACGUACAGGAAAAAAAGGCUGAGAGCUCACAGAGACUCCAUCCCAAGACCCCCUGGAAUCCAGGCACAGACAUGUGGUGGCAUGAGCUGGUGAGCGGCGCCAGCACGGAGUGCGAGCCCGAGUGGUGUGACUCGGAGGACAAACUCUUCAUCCUCUACACCAGCGGCUCCACGGGGAAACCCAAGGGCGUGCUGCACACCGUGGGCGGAUACAUGCUUUAUGCUGCCACCUCCUUUAAAUACGUCUUCGAUUACCAGCCUGAGGAUGUGUACUGGUGCACGGCUGACAUUGGGUGGAUAACGGGCCAUUCCUACCUCACCUACGGACCCCUGGCGAACGGGGCGACUAGCGUGUUAUUUGAAGGUGUCCCCACCUACCCGGACAUCGGGCGAAUGUGGAGCAUUGUUGACAAGUACAAGGUGACCAAGUUCUACACAGCACCCACAGCCAUCCGGCUGCUGAUGAAGCACGGGGAGGAGCCCGUUAAAAAGUACAGCAGGAAGACUCUGAAGGUGCUGGGGACCGUUGGGGAGCCCAUCAACCCUGAAGCCUGGCUGUGGUACUACCGUGUGGUGGGAGAAGAGAGGUGUCCCAUUGUGGACACGUUCUGGCAGACAGAGACGGGUGGCCACAUGCUGACGUCUCUCCCUGCUGCCACCCCCAUGAAGCCAGGCUCUGCUACGUUCCCCUUCUUCGGCGUGGUCCCUGCCAUCGUGAACGAGUCGGGGGAAGAGCUGGAAGGAGAAGCAGAAGGCUACCUGGUAUUUAAGCAGCCCUGGCCGGGAAUAAUGCGCACCCUGUAUGGAAACCACCAGCGAUUUGAAACCACCUACUUCAAGAAGUUCCCUGGGUACUACGUGACAGGCGACGGUUGCAGGAGAGAUAAAGAUGGCUAUUACUGGAUCACAGGGCGAAUUGAUGACAUGUUGAAUGUUUCUGGCCACUUGCUGAGCACUGCGGAGGUGGAGUCAGCCUUGCUUGGGCACGCCGCCGUCUCUGAGGCUGCGGUGGUCAGCCACCCGCACCCCCUGAAAGGGGAAUGUCUCUACUGCUUCGUGACCCUGAAGGAUGGCCACGAGUUCACCAAGAACCUGGCAGAUGAGCUGAAAAAACAAGUCCGGGAAAAAAUUGGACCGAUAGCAACGCCAGAUUACAUCCAGUAUGCCCCCAGCCUGCCCAAAACCCGGUCAGGAAAGAUCACCCGACGGAUAUUAAGGAAGAUUGCCAAAAAUGACAGAGAUGUGGGGGACGUCUCCACCUUGGCAAACCCAGGCAUCAUAAACCACCUUUUCAACAGCAGAUGCGACACUAAACUGUAGCAGCAUGAGCUGUCCCAGCUGAGCAGGGCUGUAGCAGCAGCGGUAUCCUGAUGAGCAGGUCCCUCAAAUAACCACUGUCUGCCCUGGGAAAGAAACCUUCACCUGUUGAAUCGAAUGUACAAAUAUUAGAGACGAAGGGAAGGCUGGCCCCGGAGAGGCAGCGUCUCGUAGGCAUGCCCAUGCCUUGGAGGAGCACGCGUGUUGUGUCGCAGGUGGGAAUCAUCCACCUGAGGUUCGGCUUCGUUCACGCAGGGACUUGUGCUCCUCUGUUUUUCAUCACCUUGUUCUUGAUUUAUUUUUAUUUUGUUCUUUUUGGGAGGGGAGAUGGGGUGUUAAUUAUUAACUUUAUGUAGUUGAGGGGCCCUGCUGUCUUCCCCUUAGUGGGGAGGAACUGGGGCAUUGUAGAGGAAGUGGUACUGGAGUUACUUAACGCUGGCAGACAAGGGAGGUUCAUCUGCCACUGCCCACACACGGAGUAAGCUUCCUUUUCUUCUCAGACUGCUGUGAGCUGAGGAAGGACUUAAAAACACUUUCACAUCAUAACUACAACUGAGUUUUAGUCUUGCAUCCACUGUCCAAGCUGGUUGCUAGCGGAGGUCCCCUAGCCUGAAAGGGAGUGAGGCAAGGCUUGAGGGAGCUCUGUGCUUUUAGGGGGCCGCUAUAAAGCUAUAAAGCUCUCUUGUACCAAGAUCUGCUGUCUAACUGCAUGGUGUCAGCUGGUUUAUUUUUUCACAACCUGGGCUCCUUUGCGCUGGCUGUGGAAAUAAGGAGCCAGAGGAACGGGGCGUGAUCUGACGUGCUCCACGGAGCGCUGCUGCCACCAGCUGUGGGCUCAGCCUGGCCGAGGCAGCACAGCCCGGGCAGGGGUGGGUGCUGCUGAUACCAAAGCAAGCAGGGGCACAAAGCUGUCCCCAGGCCCCUAUCCCACUGCAAGCAAACCACGUGUGGGUUACAGUGCACCAUGACCCUUCCAAAGAACCCAAGGCACACAAGGCUGUGUUAGUCCUAGGUGAUUUCUCAUCAGGGGAAAAAAAAAAAUGUUUAAAGCCGUCUUUUGCUUUAACCUGACAUGGCUUUAGGAUGAUGAGAAAAAACACUUCCAGCUCCAGAGUCUGAGCGUCACCUGGGUACUGCCACAGCCACCCCUUCCUCUUCAAAUCGCUUACACUGACCCCCAGCCCUGGGCUGAGCUGGGAGCUACUUCCUUGUGCUGUCUGUAAUGAAAUCACACGUGAGCUGUUGGAAUUCCUAUACUCAAACCAAAGGAGAAAUGGGCUUUAAAUCUUGCUGCAACAGCUGUUUAGCAAAUGCCACCCUGCAGCCUCUGCCUGUAAACUGAGCUGGCUUUUGGCUGGGCUGGAAAGGAGGAGGUGGCUCUUCCAAGGCUCAGGGUUGUUGCAGGUGCUCUGAGGGCUGUUGUCCAAGCCUCAUUUCUUACCUGCUGCUCACACUGGCAUGGUACUUGUCUGUGAUCUGUAAUGUCAGUCGUGUGUCCCGUGUGCCACCCACUGCUCUGUGCCACCUCUUUGACAAGAAUUCCUACAUCUGCUCUCCUAUGUUACUAUUGGUCUGCUACGUAAUUUUGGCUGGAGACAGCUAGAAUUCUAUGCAAAAUGGAAUAAAAAUGCAAGGAAACAAAAUGG